ACGUUGAGUUGAUUUCACCGCGCUGCAGGCUCCACCUGUAGACCGGAGAGCCUGUUUAUAAACCCGCACCAGCAACACCUUGUUUAUAGCAUAAUUACUUAACACACCUCACUCCCUCUUUAAUUCCCAAUCCCCCCUACCGACUAACCUACCGCCCAUACCCAAAAUGAUCCCCAAAACCGCCUCACGCACCACCCUCGACCCGGAAGUCAAGGACUUCCUCACCUCCAACCCCAACCUCCGACUCUCAGGUCGCGACCUCUUCGACGAACGGCGCCACCACGUGGAGUCCUUCAGCCUGCGCGCCCUCCCGGAAGCCAAACAACCCCCAAUUCUCCAUGUCGAACACACAGCAAUCCCCAACGGACCCCACGGCACGAUUCCACUGCGCAUCCUGUAUCCAUCGCGGCCCUUCUCAACCCCAUCGUCCACCACAUCCCAGGACCCCAACCACCCGGCCCCGCAAACACCAGCCCUAAUCUACUUCCACGGCGGCGGGUACACGGUGGGCAGCGCAGACGACUUCGAGCCCGGUUGCCGCAUGCUGUCAGAGCAGGCGGGCAUCCAGAUCUACCUGGUGGAGUACCGCCUGGCGCCAGAGUGGCGGUAUCCAACGCAGCUGGACGAGUACGACUGCGUGCUGGAGUGGCUACGCGGCGAGGGCGGCCGCGCCCGCCACGUCGACCCUGAUCGCAUCUUCGGCGGCGGCGACAGCGCCGGCGGUAAUAUGACUGCGGCCAUGUCGCUGCGGCGCCUCGAUCGCGACCAGCGCGGUCUGGAUGGCCUAUUCUUGCUGUAUCCUGAGGCUCGCUUGCCGUUUGAUACCCCUGCGGCUGCUGAGAAUAACUCCGGCUUGUAUUUGGAGUGUAACGGGAUCUUCAACUUCGCGGCCAACUAUCUCCCCGACGGGGUGCCGCCGGGUAGCAGGUAUAUCUCGCCCGGAAUGCAGCCCGUGGACUCGCUGAAGGGGCUGCCGCCGACGAGGGUGUAUACGUGCGGGUUUGACCCGUUGCGGGAUGUCGGGGUGGAGUUUGCGUCGAAGCUGGAGGAGGCAGGUAAUGCGGUGGCGUGGAGGCACAAUGAGACGCUGUGUCAUGGGUUCUUACAGAUGGCGCCGUGGAGUGAGGCGGCCAUGGCGGCGUUGAAGCAGGUGGCCGGGGAUGUGAGGGAUCUGGCGGAGGGAGGGGAGAAGAGGUAGAGUAGACGGAGUCAUGGAGCAGGGUUGCAUAGACAUAGAUUCAAGCAGGCUGGUAUCAUACAAACAUACAAUUCGCUGCGUAACGUAUGCGAUUAGCAUCGCAUCGUCAACCCUUCACACCCCACACCCCACACACCACACCCUAUUACACCUUCUCAGCCGCACGCCCCAGGCUCAUGCCCACCUCCACGUCCGUCGCGAUGG